CAUUUCCUGCUGCAGUGAAAACAGGAGUGUCACUACAUGAAUGGCACUCAGCAGGUGAGGUACCUGGACAGGUUCAUCUGGGACCCGCAGAAGAUCUGUUCCUAUGACAGUGAGGUGGGUUUCUAUAUGACCUACAUAGAGUUGGGACAGGGAGUUGCUGAGUAUUGGAACAGGCUGCAGUGGCUUACCUACCUGUGGGCUUCAAGGGAGAAAUACUGCAGCUAUUUUUGGAGGAGGCCUCAGAUUAAAUUCAGAGUAAAUAUUUCUCCCAUGCAAAUGGAGACGUGGAGCUAUCCCAGCUAGCUGGUUUGUUCUGUAACAAGGUUUUAUUCUUCUGAAAUUAAGAUCAAGUGGUUCAAAAAUGGGCAGGAGGAGAUGGACAAAGUUGUGUAUGAGGACAUCCUCCUAAAUGGAGAUUAGUCUUUCCAGAUCCUGGUCACUUUGGAAGUCACACCAAAGCAAGGGGAUAUCUAUGCUUGCCAGGUGGAGUGUGUCAGCCUGCCAGUGCCCACCACCAUGGCCUGGGAAACAUGUUCUGGAUCUGCUGUGAGCAAGAAGGUGACUGGAAUGCUGGGCUUUGUGCUGGGCUUAGGCUUCAUUGUGGUGGGACUUGUCAUCUAUCAGAAGAAAAAGAAAGGAGAAUUAUUCAUGAGCUAA